AUGGCACCGCAAGUCAAAGGGAUGAAAGUCCGCUUCGAGCAGGACCCGAAUAACCCCCAUGCGCCGCCCAGGCGGAUCAUCGAGAAGGCUGGAUUCUGGGAACGCCUUGUCGGAGUGAAGAAUGAACAGCCGCCGUACCUCCCCCUGCCUCCGGUCGGCUACCUCCCUCCCGCCCCUUCCGGCCACUCCACAGCGCCUCGUCCUCUGUCCAGUACGAUCUCCCCCGCUCAGGCCGCCAUCACAGCCACCAAUCACCCGAGCCUGACCGCCGCGCUCCGUCCCACCCCUUUCCCGCUCGAUUUCAAGUAUCUCCCUCGGUCGGAACGGCACGCGUGGGAGAAGCAGCGGAAGGAAGAGAUCAAGUAUCUGCAUGGGCUGGAUAAAGAGCAGAGGGCGGCGAUGAAGGCUGAGGAGGCAAGGAAGGGGCGGGAGGAGAAGGAAGCGAGGGAUCGGGCGAAGCAGGAGUUGAAAGCGCGGAACUCGGCAAUGAAGCUGGAGAAGAAGUUGGGAUAUCGACCGAUGCCGCAGUAUAUCCCUGCCCCGACUGAUCGACCUCUUCCACCGCUCUCGGCAGGUAUGGAGAGUACCGCGCCGAACAAUGCGCUUGGCCAGCCAACAUCCUGGAUGCUCCUUCCUACGCUGGAGCAAUUUGGACUCAGGCGGCCAUUCGAUGCACCGGGUCAGCCGGGGAAGGUGGAUAUUGGGGGGACAGAGUGGCCGAUGAUGAGCCGGACAAUGACGCAUGCAUUGCAGGUGAUGGGCCGGGAAGAACGUGUCCGACUAGACCAGGCCGGUCAUACAUGGUCCCCAGCCUGGUACCGAGAUUGA